UUUUGAGCAGGAGGAGAGAGGAUGGGGGUUGAGCUGCUCCCAGUAGUGGGUUAGUUGUGUGCAGACAACGACAGGGUUCAGUACCAUCUCAUUCUGCCCUAGACGUCUGAGGCUACAUCCGCUUCCAGUAUAGCACAACUGUCGGGGAGAGAUCAGGUGAAGGGGAUGCCUGGCCGAGUGUGGGCACGCAGUGAGGACAAGACGGUGGAGUGGGUCAGCAUGCGGGGAGACCAGCUAGCAGGGGCCAUCGACGUCAUGAGGGAGUCCUUUUUCCCGCACGAGAACAUCUCCAAGGCUCUACGCCUCAACGAGAGAACCCGCGCCUCAGCCCAGACCGAGCGUCUUGCCAAACUCGCUGCCAACGAUGGAGCGUCCAUUGUAGCAGUGGAAGUGGCGUCCGGACGCGUUAUUGGCGUCGCCUUCAAUAAGAUUCAGUUACCUACACCACCAGGAGAAAAAAACCUUCUGGAGCAACUUCGAGAGGAGAAAGACCACGAUCCAUCCUUCAUAGGGGUUCUGGACUAUCUCACGAAGGUGGAAGGCAAGAUUGAUGUUUUCGCUCAUUACGGAGUCAACUGCAUCAUGGAACUCAUGUUCCUGGCCACACUGACAGAAUUCUAUGGCCGGGGCGUAGGUCGGCGUUUGGUACAAAUCACAGAGGAGGUCGCUAACGCCUUAGCAAGAGGAGAAGAUGUAAUCGAGCCACUUCAAGAAGAUGCCAACCCUUGGAAAGGCCGUUCCACACCCAGAACACAAGCACUUAUGGCUAUAUUUACGUCUGCAAUCUCACAGAAGAUUGGCACUUCGCUUGGUUGGGAGGAACUUGCUGCUGUUAAGCAUGACGAUUUAUUCUUCGAAGGGGAACCAUAUAGUCUUCGUAUUGGUCCUGAUCACCCAACUAGCGCUCUCAUGGGUAAAAAAAUUAUUGUCUAGAACAAUGUUCGUCAAAUAUUCUGACUGAGGAAAUAUUUUAAUCUCUAAAAUACUGAAGAAACCCCCUUCCACACCCACACCUAGGCUCCAAACGUGUCCAAAGACGUUCAAAUCAGCACUUUCUCCUACCUCGAGGUCAUAAAAUACAUCCACUUUGUGCGGUAUCAACAGAAUAAAUAACUGGAUAGGAUGUGGUGUGUCGGUAAAAUAUGCUAGUAGUAGAAUAAAAUGUAUCAACGUUACUAAUACUGAAAUCCGCCACUGGACAAAGUCUUGAGUCAGUUCCAUCCACCUCCCAUUCUAAUACGCAUCUCCGUUAAGAUCCAUCUUAGAUUACCCUCCCAUCUCUUUCUAGACCUUCCAAAUGUAUGUUUUCAAAAGAUCUACACACCAACAUUACGCUUGCAUUCAAUGUCUCACUGUGUCGCUUGAACAGAUCAUCGCAACCUCCUAGAAUUCGCUUCAUCAUAACAGGUGGCCUGUACGAAUCUUCUUCUCCAUCUUUACUGGCGCUAGAGCCCUGUGUGGGUCUCGGUCUUCUCCAUCUUUACUGGCGCUAGAGCCCUGGGUGGGUCUCGGUCUCCUCCAUCUUUACUGGCGCUAGAGCCCUGUGUGGGUCUCGGUCUUCUCCAUCUUUACUGGCGCUAGAGCCCUGGGUGGGUCUCGGUCUCCUCCAUCUUUACUGGCGCUAGAGCUCUGUGUGUGUCUCGGUCUCCUCCAUCUUUACUGCCGCUAGAGCUCUGUGUGGGUCUCGGUCUCCUCCAUCUUUACUGCCGCUAGAGCUCUGUGUGGGUCUCGGUCUCCUCCAUCUUUACUGGCGCUCUUCCUAGGAUUUCGCAACAAUCUUUUCCUUUUACGGAGCAACGUUGUCAGCUUUGAGGCCAACCUCCAACCCGGAGGACCUAGUCUCUGUAUUUAUGUCCCCCAGGGACAGGGUGGCCCAGUUAUGACCCCAGGCACCGGGUUCCCUUUACAUCGCCUUCUACGUCCCGCAAGGCUACGGUGGAGAUAUUGUAUCCUGUCUCCACACAUCAUAUUUUAUCAGCUCACUUCAUCUUUAAUCCUCUGAUUAUCUGAAUAAUCAUUGACGUAUGUUGUUUCCUGAGAAUGGUCAUCUGUCGAAAUAUAACCCAAGGUCAAUACAGAACCACAGUGCCAAGGAGGACGGCCACCUUAUCUGGACUUCGUUGUGUGAACCGUGGCAUAAACACUCUAUUUCGUAACGAUUAGAGUAAACGACCCCACAGAGAACCACGCACGGUAGGAGAAUACAACACAGUAGCUGUAAUCAUUGUACUAUCGCUGUACUUUUGGUGUAUCAGUCGAUGUAUCCUGACAGUUAUACUAAGGAAACCAACCUCAGUUCAUUGUAAAAUAAAAUUGUAAAUUAGAUUAAUAUGAUGGAAUAAAGUUAUG